UGGGAUGUUUCUCAGGGUUGAUAUAUACCACCGGUAAUAUAUAGGUUGUUUACCAGCCGCAGUUGUUUCGUUUCCAUCAACACUCACAUUCAAGCUUUCCAAGCCUUUUCUCUUCCGCUCGCUACCAAUCGCCAGGAUGCGUUACUCUAUUGUUGCUUCGUUGCUUUCGGCUGUUACCGCAGUCUACGGCUAUGCCGACCCCAUGGCUUGCUCUGGUAUCUGCAACAAUGCUCACGAUCCAGCCCUGAUCCGUCGCUCUGAUGGCACCUACUUCCGUUUCUCGACUGGUGGAAAGAUUGCUAUCCACAGCGCACCUUCGAUCACUGGCCCCUGGACCUACAAGGGUGCCGCGAUUCCGAAGGGUUCCAAGAUCAACUUGGCUGGCAAGGACGAUCUCUGGGCUCCUGACGUUACCCUAGUCGGUGACACAUACUACCUUUACUACACUGUCUCCUCUUUCGGUGUCCAAAACUCUGCCAUCGGUGUUGCGACCAGCAAGGACCUCAGCACUUGGACCGAUCUCGGCGCAACUGGCAUCCAAUCGAGCGCUGGAAAGAACUACAACGCCAUUGAUGGUGCACUUUACUGGGACGGAUCGAAGUUCGUCAUGUCCUUCGGUUCGUUCUGGAACGACCUCUUCAGCCAGAACAUGGCCAACCCACCCGUGAAGACCAGCUCUUCCACAGUCACAAACAUUGCCUUCAAGCCUGACGGCGAGCAUGCUCAGGAAGCUCCGUUCAUUGCUAAGAACGGCAACUACCACUACCUCUUCUUCUCCGUUGGCAAGUGCUGCGGCUUCGAUACCAACAGGCCUGCUAAGGGUCAGGAGUACAAGAUCCAGGUCUGCAGGUCUACCAGCGCCACUGGUGGCUUCAAGGACAAGAGUGGUAAGGACUGCCUUCAGGGUGGUGGUACCACUGUCUUGGAGUCCCACGGCUGGGUUUACGGACCUGGUGGUCAGGGUGUCUACUACGACCCCAAGGAGGGACCUGUCCUGUACUACCACUACGUCGACACCCGCAUUGGUUACGGCGAUGGUCAGAAGAAGUUCGGUAUCAACAAGAUCGACUUCUCCAGCGGAUGGCCUGUCGUAUAAGCGUUUGUCGCAGGUCCGGCACAGACUAUUAGCCCAGCGUAAGCUGCGUCUCCGUCCACUUUGGGCACCUUCUUGUCUAUAUUUUCAC